GUCCCAGGAUGAGUCAUUGGUUUCCUUUUAGUACUGGAAUGACAAGCUGAAGACUCUGGCUGUUGUGGCACCUGGUAACAAUGUGAACAUUUAAUUCAAUUCUGCAACUUACAAACAAACCUAUGUACCCAGCCUUAUUCUCUCCUGUCACCUCUCUGCUGCUGAGACCAACAUUGCCCUUGCUGCUGGCUACCUUGUCUGGAAUCAAUCAUGGCUGACGACUCUCAAAGAAACUUUCGCUCGGUGUAUUAUGAAAAAGUGGGGUUUCGUGGAGUUGAAGAAAAGAAGUCACUGGAAAUUCUGUUAAAAGAUGACCGCUUGGAUAUUGAGAAGCUUUGCACAUUUAGUCAAAGGUUUCCUCUCCCAUCCAUGUAUCGUAUACUGGUGUGGAAGGUACUUUUAGGAAUUAUUCCUCCUCACCAUGAAUCUCAUGCUUUGGUGAUGAAGUACCGAAAGGAGCAGUACUGGGAUAUACACCAUGCUCUUCGUGUCAUUCGUUUUAUUAAUGAUUCUACCCCACAGGUAGAUGUUUUCCUCCGGAUACAUCAGUUGGAAUCAGGAAAAUUGCCUCGAAACUUGGCUUUUCCAUUGGAACCUGAAGAUGAAGUGUUUCUUGCUAUUGCUAAAGCGAUGGAGGAAAUGGUGGAGGAUCCUAUAGAAUGCUAUUGGCUUGUCAGUUGCUUUGUGAAUCAGCUGAACAGCAAGCACAAAGAUGCAUUACAACAACUGCCAAAAAUUUUGGAGCAGUAUUUGAACAUUGAAGAUAACAGACUCCUGAUGCAUCUGAAAGCAUGUGCUGCAAUGAGCAAGCUCCCUUAUGAUCUUUGGUUUAAGAAGUGUUUUGCAGGCUGUUUACCUGAGUCCAGUUUACAGAGGGUUUGGGACAAAGUUAUUAGUGGGUCCUGCAAGAUUCUCGUUUUUGUUGCUAUAGAGAUAUUAUUAACCUUUAAAAUGAAGAUAAUAGCACUGAAUACUGCAGAAAAGAUCACACAGUUUUUGGAAAAUAUUCCUCAAGAUAACACUGAUGCUAUUGUCAGCAAAGCUGUUGAUCUGUGGCGCACACACUGUGGGACUCCAGCACACUCGGUCUGAGAACUUUCUCUGCUGGUGACACCCUGAGGAAGGAAAAAAAGACAUUUGAGAAGACAUUUUCCCACUCUUACCCCAUUCUAGUGUGAUGUUCUUCAUUACCUCUUCAAUGUAAAGAUGCUGCUGAAGCAGCUAAUAGCAUAGUGAUCAAUAUGUAAAUAUUUUUCAAUAAAUACAGAUGAAGUG